UCACAUUCUAGCCAGCGGGAAAGCGUGUGUCACCACCCUCAAAAAUGCACCCUUAUGUAUUGCUAGCACUAGUAUGUUUGAUAUUCAGUGCAAACUAUGGGCCAGAAAUGGGCAUCGGUACUUUUUGUUCCAAGUGACAAAUGUUGCUUUGACAAUUCUAAAUUCUGCAUUCCUUGGCAAUUGUGUAACCUGAAACUUGCAGAACUGGGUGGAGUUAUACUAGUGGAGCACUGCAGAGUACUUCUUUUAUGCAGCGCUUGAGUUAAAGAUCCACUCUUGUACUAGCCUUUAGAGGGAUUGACCAAUAAACACUUUGUAGUGAAGGGAUUGCCCUAUAAACAUCACUACUAUUAGCACACUUUGGCCAAGAAAGGGACUAAUAAUAAAAACAUCAUUGAUCUUAUUUUCUUUCUUUCUGUUUUCUCUUUUUUUCCGUCUUUCUGUUUUUUUAACUGGUCAUCCACAUUAUAUUGGAAUAUUGCAUUUUUAUUAUUAUAGCAAUCUUACAUAUUUUUGUGAUUUUAUGCUAAAUCGAAUGUGCUUAUUUGAAUUGCUGAUGGGUAGCAUGCCUGUGUGAGUGCUGUCAGCAUUAUUAUAGUAAUCCCAACUGUACUUGUUAAACAAAGAAUAAAUAAAAAUUAAGAACCUGCAUGUUUGAUUUAAUAUACACUAAUGUAUAUCCAUAUACAGCAGCUGCAUACUGCAUACAGCAGCAAAUAUUCAUAUACACACAUAAUUAUUUUACUUCAUAUGUCUGUAUAUAUACACAAUUCCAAUACAGUUGAAUACAUUACAUUAUGCCUUUUAUUGCUAGUUUGUGUCAGUCUGUGUAUUUAGAUCAUCCUAAUUUUGCAUCAAUAUCCAUAUAAUUAAUAAAGCAUUUCCUUUUAUAAGCAAGAGCAAAUAACAGUCUAUUAUUGGCUGAUGAAAAAUUAAUUUGUUGUUUUCUAUAGUAGACGCUGCAUUCAUUUUGGUUUGUGUAAAUUGGAAAAUUCCCUUUCAUGCGAAAUACUUUUUCUAUACUUUUACUUCUUUUCCGCUUUUACUCUUAAAGAAGGAAUUUCAACCCCUUUGUUGUUACACAGUGAUCGAUAGCUACAUUGUAUCCCAUUAUCCCCAUUGUUAUUGGAGAGGCUCCUCCUCUCCUUCCACUUGUCCUCUUUUCUGUGGCGUCCCCCCUCAACCUCUUGAUAAGAGGUGUGUGCUGAAACAAGACCAAGUAUUUGAGAUUUGCUUCAGCCUCAAGAAGAGGUCUAACCAACUCACAGUCAUACUGCAGCUCUGCCACAGGGUCCUAUAUUUUGUUGCUCUUUGACAUUGGAGGGAACUAUAGCUACCAGCCUACAUGGAUGACCUCAAAGCUUUUUCGUUGGAUUCCUGUUUAGAUGGGUAUGGGCCUUUAGUGCAAAUGCCCCACCAGACUUGCUUGCAACCUCCUAUGGCAUCAGCUGGCUUUUCUAUGACCCAUUGCCUUCCUCAAAACCCGAUAAGGACUUGUUGCCCUGGGACAUACGCCAAUUCCGGAGAUCUACCAAGCUACCAAGAUAACAUUAGGAACACCGAUUGGUAUGGGGGAAACCAGGAUAUGCACUACCCACCAUUUUCCAGAAUUAUUGCUCCAUCUGGAUUCAAUGUUUCAACUUCAGGAUGUUUGGGUUACCUUGCUGAAGGACCAAAACAUUCUCUGUAUCUGCAGCACACAUCCAAGAGGAAGCGCAGAGUCCUAUUCUCUCAGGCACAAGUGUAUGAGCUGGAGAAAAGGUUUGAACACCAAAAAUACCUCACAGCUCCAGAAAGGGAACAGUUGGCUAAACACAUUCACCUCACUCCUAACCAGGUCAAGAUCUGGUUUCAGAACCAUCGCUACAAGAUGAAGAGGCAAUCAAGGAACCAUGAUCCUUUGGCAGAAGAAGAAGCCAAACCUUACAGCGUGGAGUCUAAUGGCAGCAAAGUAGCCUGCGGCAGUCCGUGCACCUCUGUUGAGGAUUAUGGACCUGCCGAAAUCAAGUUGGACUAUAAAGGGUCAGUCCAGGACCAACAACUCAAUAACCAAGGCAUACUUUUAGGACAGGACUUUCUUAAUUCAGCAUCAGAUCUUCAGGAGUUUGAGAAAGCCAGUCGAAAUUUAAUGUUUAAACCCUGGUGAUUCAGAUUAAAAAAACAACUACCUUUUUGUUACAGAUAUCUGAUUCUACAGUUUUGCUGGAAUACAUGUAUCUCCUGUUAUUACUAGGGCCAAACUUACAGAAAAGGGACUGGAACAACGAAGGACAGAUGGGGUUAUGACCUGAAAAAAUACCUAAAUCCACACUGUCCAUCCUGCAACUUUUCGGCUGUUUCUAGGCUUCAGCACCCAGCAUACCCUACAACCUUCACCUUUUGGUUGGAGUUGUAAUACAACAGCCGAAGGACUAUAUGCUACUAGUUAUCCCUUAUAUAAAUGCUUAAAGAGAUAAUUUAUUAUAACACCUUAUAAUUAUAUUUUGAUUAUAUAUUUUGACCAAAGGCCCCCAGUGACUCUUGAGUCCGAGGUCAUCUGUCCUCUUUGCUUUACUUUUACUAGUAUUAUGGUUAAGAGAGAUAAGCAACACAACCCAGAAACAAAAUUACAUUAUUCUAACCAAACACUACAUGCUGUUAUGGUUGCCUUAGUUUGCUGGCUGGAAAAUGUACUUCAGCAGAAUGUAAGAACCCCCACUUUAUACAUAGUUCAUUUUUCCUAGUUUAGCUUUCUUUCAUGCCUCCACUACAAAAUGAUAGUCUAAAGAACAGAAUGUACUUGAUGCUUUGUUUUUGGUUAAACAACUCAUAAACUGCCAUAAGCAUAACAUUUGAAAUAUUAUAUUAAAUCGCCAGAUAAGCAAGUCCUCAGAGUGCGACAGUUAUUCUUGAAAUAAUUAUAUAGUACAAUUCACUAUUUUGGGGGCGAAAUCCCAAUUCCUCCUCUCUGCAUAAAAUGUUCUGUGCAACAAUUUAUUAUAAAAAUACAUUUAUUUUGCUAUAUAUCUUUCUAUCGCAAACCAUUUAAAUACUAUAUUAUAUUAAAUAAAGAAUGUGCACAUGAUUUAUAUGGAUGAAAAAACAAUGACUGUUUCUUUUUUUUAUCCCUAAGAGCACUUCAGACAGGAAAGUUGUUUUUAAAACCAUAAAGAUUUUUUCCUUGUUUUCACUACUUUUUUGUUAAUCAUUUUUAAAAUAUAAGUAGACACCCUUUUCUUUCUUUGUAACCAUGGGUUUUUCUCUGAAACAUUGUUUGUAUUUAAUUACUAGUAAAUGAAAUACAUUAUAGGAUCAACACAGUCCCUAAAAACAAUUGCCUUAUAUUUAAUGUAACAAUGGCAAAUAAAGGUUCAUUUUAUUGCCAAGCAUUAACAUUUUAACAUAAUUUUUUCUUGCAACAAGAACACUAUUUAAAUGUAUUCUACUUUGUUUUAAUAGUUUUACUUUUAUGUGAAUAUUAACCUACUAUUUUUGCAAUAAUAAUGUACUUUUAAAUAUGAUUACAUGCCUAUAAAGCUCCUGUUAAGAAUUAUAUUUAUUACAUUAUGACCAGUCUUUUUUAGUGUUGUAUAGUUAAGAUGUAUUCAAAGGGAGAAAAAAAUCACAUUUUGUAACGUUUUAAACUGAAUAAAGUUUUUGAAUAUAAA